AUGGCCUCCAGUAUGAGAAUCACUCCAUCCCUUGUUCGCCCAUUGAGAUUGGUUAGACCUCUUCAACAACAACCCUUCCUCGCACCCAGAUUUGUAUUCUCUCAAUUGCCUAAAACGACAAUCCUCGGUGUUCGUUCAUAUGCUUCAAAUCAGCAACAAGGCAAGCAAAUCUUGCUGCGUGAUCAUGGUGUUUUCGCCAACUAUGUCCCCCCUGAACAAUCUCCAUCAAUCACUGAUUUCAGCAAAUGGCGUUUGACUAAAUGGAGAAACAUGAAGAACAGUGUUCAAAAUUUAUUAAGUGUUGGCUUGAUUAAAUACAAGUCUCAAUAUGAAAAGUGGAACUCUCGCAAAUUCCUUGCCGAGGCUGAAGAAGCUUACAAAGACAUGAAUGAUGCAUUUGCAAGAGGCGAUAGAGCCAUUUUAGAAGAAGUCUGUUUAGAUGCCAUGUAUUCAAGCUUGAAAAACCAGUUAAAAACUCGCAACAAUGUUCGUUGGGAAUGGAGAUACCAUGGCGAUGUGGAGCAGCCCAAGAUUGUCUGUGUUCGUUGUGUCGGUACAACAGGAGUCAGUAAGCACGGCUUUGCUGUAGGUCAAGUGACAGUGAGAAUGUUUACAAAGCAAUCCAUGGCUGUGUUCGACAAGAAGAACAAGUUGAUCGGCGGCGAUCCCAACAAGAUUCACAAUGUGUUGGAAUAUGUUGUGUUCCAAAAGACAAUUUCGGAUCCUGAGGACAUUUGGCGUGUUUACGGCAAGGUGGCCGCACCAGAAAAGAUGAUCAAGCAGUAA